CUUUAUUGCAGUGUGGAUGUCAACUAGGAUACUCAUAGUUAUACGAACUUUUAUUACUAAGCUCUCAAACUCAUUUCAAAGAUCAUUAAUGUUUUGUCGUACUUUCGCAGCAGUUGAAGGUUGGUUCUGGUGAAGCUUCACGGUAUUUUUUGGCUUCUUUUGAGGGACAAGCAAUCUCUUGGAGCUUCUGUUUUUUCUUUAUUUGGCUGUCGUUUUGUAUAUUAUUUUUAGCUAGUAAGUAGUUUUGCUGAUCAGGUGAAGCAUUUUAGUGAAUGGUGGCUCACUCAAGGUUUUGACUUUUGAAGAAUGGUUCUUUGAUCUUUUGUGUUGACUACACUACAAGUCCUUGACAUAGAGUGGUUUGAGUAGUGCCUAACUCUUCUUUUAUGAGCUUGAGCUUGCUUCUACUCUAAACUGGUGCUUUCUUUUAAUAUUCAGACAAGUUGAACUAUAAGCAUAAGUAGACACAUUCGGCUAUUUAUAUAGAGGAAUAUGAAGCUAUUUAGCUUUAUCCUUUUAUUGUUGUCAUUACCUUUCUUCUCCGUUAUGGCGGAGCUUCCUUCACAGGACAUUUUAGCAUUGUUGGAAUUCAAGAAAGGCAUCAAGCAUGACCCUACUGGUUAUGUCCUUAGUUCCUGGAAUGAGGACUCUGUUGAUGUUGAUGGAUGUCCAUCUUCAUGGAAUGGAGUACUGUGUAAUGGUAGUGAUGUUGCUGGUAUUGUACUUGAUAACCUUGGUCUCGCCGCUGAUGCCAACUUGAGUGUUUUCUCAAACCUCACAAAGCUAGUAAAACUCUCUAUGUCCAACAAUUCUAUCUCAGGAAAACUUCCUGGCAACAUUGCUGAAUUCAAAAGCCUCGAGUUUCUGGAUGUUUCUAAUAAUCUCUUUUCUUCAUCCUUACCGGUGGGAAUUGGUAAGUUAUCUAGCUUGCAGAAUCUUUCAUUGGCUGGAAAUAACUUCUCUGGCUCAAUACCUGACUCUAUUUCUGGAAUGGCUUCAAUCCAAUCUUUGGACUUGAGCUGCAAUUCAUUUUCUGGACCACUGCUAGCAUCAUUGACUAAGCUGACUAACCUGGUAUCAUUUAAUUUAUCUCAUAAUUGCUUCACUGGAAAAAUUCCCAAAGGUUUUGAGCUGAUUUUUUCCCUUGAAAAGAUUGACUUGCAUGGGAAUAUGCUUGAGGGUCAUUUAGAUGAUGAAUUUAUACUUUUUUCAAGUGCCAGCUAUGUUGAUUUUAGUGAGAAUAUGCUUGUGAGUUCUAAUUCUCCGCAGCAGAAGUCUCUGCCACAAUUAUCUGAAAGUAUUAAGUAUUUGAAUCUAAGCCAUAACCGGCUAACUGGAUCAUUGGUUAGUGGAGGCAAGCAACCAAAUUUUGAAUACUUGAAGGUGUUAGACCUUAGUUACAAUCAAUUAUCCGGAGAAUUGCCUGAAUUUGAUUUUGUUUAUGAACUCAUGGUCCUUAAGCUCAGCAACAACAGAUUUUCAGGAUUUGUUCCCUCUGGUCUUCUUAAAGGAGACUCUUUGGUUUUAACUGAACUGGAUUUGAGUGGCAACAAUCUCUUAGGGCCAGUAAGUAUAAUUGCAUCAACAACACUGUACUUUCUUAAUCUGUCAUCAAAUGGGUUUACUGGUGAGCUGCCAUUGCUUACUGGAAGCUGUGCUGUACUUGAUUUGUCAAAUAACAAAUUAGAAGGAAAUUUAACUAGGAUGAUGAAAUGGGGGAAUAUUGAAUUUCUUGAUCUCAGUAGGAAUCACUUGAUAGGAUCCAUCCCCGAGGUAACUCAGUUUUUUCGAUUAAAUUAUCUAAAUCUUUCCCAUAACUUUCUUAGCAGCUCCCUUCCAAAAGUCUUAACACAGUAUCCAAAGCUUAGAAUGCUUGAUGUUAGUUCCAACCAGUUAGAUGGGAAAUUUCUAAUUGAUCUGGUCACAAUGCCCACUUUGCAAGAGCUUCAUCUUGGAAAUAAUACGAUUUCUGGUGGCAUUAGUUUAUCAUCCUUUCCUCCUCGUCCUUUCAAUCUUCAGAUUCUUGAACUUUCUUAUAACCAUUUUAAUGGUUCUUUUCCUGCUGAGUUUGGGUCAUUAACAGGCCUGAAAGUGCUCAAUAUUGCUGGAAAUCAUUUUUCUGGUUCUCUGCCAACCACAAUUGCUAACAUGAGUUCCCUAGAUUCCUUGGAUAUAUCAGAAAAUAAUUUUACAGGCCCUUUACCAAAUAACAUACCAAAGGGGCUAAAAAAAUUCAAUGCUUCAAACAAUGAUCUGUCUGGAGUUGUCCCAGAAAACCUUAGGAAGUUCCCUAGUUCUUCUUUCUAUCCCGGUAAUGAUAGGUUGCAUUUUCCAAACGAACCUUCUGGAUCAACCAAUAAAUCUGAUGAAAGUUCCAAUAGGAAGUCUAUCAGCUCUAUUGUUAAAGUGAUCAUCAUAGUAUCAUGUGUGGUUGCUGUUCUCUUCAUGUUAGUACUGCUCGUUGUCAUCAUACACUACACUCGAAUAUCAAGAUCUCCAUCAGAAUAUGCUACUGCUAAGGAUAUGAGAGAGCAUGCUCAACCACAAACCACUGGCCCUGGUCACGCAAAAGAUUCGAUUGGUGCUUUGGUUGUAUCAGCCGAGGAUUUUGUGACCUCACAGAAAGGUUCGUCUUCUGAGAUUAUCAGCCAUGAUGAAAAAAUGGCAGCUGCAACAAGGUUCUCCCCAUCAAAAAAUAGCCACUUUUCAUCACCAGGAUCUAGUGAUUCAGUUUCUGUAGGAAAUCAUGCAAGACUAUAUGCAAGAUCAGCAGAUAAAUUGACUGGAGAACUUUAUUUUCUUGAUGAUGCAAUAACAUUGACACAUGAGGAGCUGUCUGGAGCCCCAGCUGAAGUUUUGGGGAGAAGCAGUCAUGGUACAUCUUACAAGGCAACUCUGGAGCAUGGUUUGUUAUUGAGAGUGAAGUGGCUUAGAGAAGGAAUGGCAACAAAGAGAAAAGAAUUUACCAAAGAGGCUAAAAAAAUUGCAAACAUCAGGCAUCCCAAUGUUGUGGGAUUGAAAGGGUACUACUGGGGUCCUACUCAGCAUGAGAAGCUUAUUAUUUCAGAUUACAUCUCUCCAGGAAGUCUUGCAAGUUUUCUUUACGAUCGACCAGGACGAGAAGAUCCACCAUUGACUUGGGCUCUGAGACUAAAAAUAGCAGUUGAUAUAGCACGUGGGCUGAACUAUCUACACUUUGAUCGUGCUGUUCCUCACGGCAACCUCAAAGCAACAAAUGUGUUGUUAGAUACAUGUGACUUGCAUGCACGUGUAGCUGAUUACUGCCUUCACAAGCUUAUGACUCAGGCUGGUACAUUUGAACAAAUGCUUGAUGCUGGGGUCUUGGGAUAUCGCGCCCCAGAGCUUUCUGCUUCCAAGAAGCCAAUGCCUUCCUUCAAAUCAGAUGUUUAUGCUUUUGGGAUUAUACUUUUGGAACUUUUAACUGGAAGGUGUGCUGGUGAUGUUGUGUCUGGCGAGAAGGAAGGUGUUGAUCUGGCAAAUUGGGUAAGGUUGCAUGUUGCACAAGGUAGAGGAUCAGAAUGUUUUGAUGAUGCACUGGUGCAAGAAAUAAGUAAUUCAAUUGUUGAAAAGGGAAUGAAUGAGGUUCUUGGAAUAGCCAUUCGAUGCAUAAGAUCUGUUUCUGAUAGGCCAGGUAUCAGGACUAUAUAUGAAGAUCUUUCGUCUAUAUAGCCUGAUCAUGCAAUUUGAACAUUUACACAUUCAAGUUUACUUGAAAUUUUUGUUUCCUGUUUUCAUUGUCUGUUUUCACUUGUACAUGAAGAUCUUUCAUUGUUUGUUUUCACAUUUUAAUUACAAAAGUAUCAUCUUGUUUUUAA